UUCAGAGUUACGCAGACAAUCAAAAUAGAUUUAACUGGUGCGGUGAAGCGUCCAGCCGGUGCGAUAGAUGGACCCGAUGCAAAACGACCGACUCAAGUGAUCAACAUGGUCGACGAGGAAAUACCACGCCCACCAGAGCCUGAACUACAACAAUUGUAUGAGGAAUACAGUUUAUCGCGACAGCGGUAUACUUACUAUCGUGAACGACUGCAGAAGGAGAUUCACGCGAAACGCAAUGGCAUGGCUGGAUCGGUUUACGCCCCACUUGCUCCGUUGGGCACGACAUCUACACAGUACUGCUUACUGCAGUUUUACAGUUUCACAUAA